UUUUCUUCCUCUCCUCUCCGUGACAAAAGUUUGACUUUUAAGAGAAUGAUGCUCCGCGCCGCUCCUGUUUUUUUUUCAUGCAAUGCUGUGGAUUCCAGCGUCAGUGUGAGUGGCCAGUCCUCACUUGAGAAAUAGCUGCGAUUCUUUCGGUCUUUUAUUUUUUUCGUCAAAGAUCGGGCUUUUUCUCGCGCACAUCAUAUAACUCGCCCGGAUUGCAUCUUCUAUCUGAAUUAAUCCCGCACUCCAUAAUGGACUUCCUCGGACUGUACUUCUUGCAGCUGGCUCUCAUCGGAGUCCCUCGUAUGGCUCUGUCCGCCAGCGGGUGGGACUGCCUUCGCGCCGGAGACACCUGCUCCAGCGACGACACCUGCAGCCCACGGUUGCGCACCCUCAGGCAGUGUGUAGCCGGGGACGGCAGCGUCAAACUGGGACCCGGGGCCCGAAACCAGUGCGAGAACGCCAUGACGGCGCUGUUGUCCACCCCUCUGCACGGCUGCCAAUGUAAACGAGGCAUGAAGAAGGAGAAGAACUGCCUGAGCAUCUACUGGAGCCUGCACCAGUCGGUUCUGCACGGACUCAGCCUGGUGGAGAGCUACCCCUACGAGCCGGAGGAGAGGGGCUCCGACUACGUCCGUCUGGCCUCCAUCGCUGCAGAGUCUGAAGUAACAACAGUGAACCGCUGCCUAGAUGCUGCCAAGGCAUGUAACAUAGAUGAAACAUGUCAGAAGAUUCGUACGGAAUACGUGUCUGCUUGCAUCCAGCCGUCAGCCCGCUCAGGGCCGUGUAACCGACCGCGGUGCAACAAGGCGCUGAGGAAAUUUUUCGACCGUGUUCCCCCUGACUACACUCACGAGCUGCUGUUCUGUCCGUGCACCGACACGGCCUGCGCAGAACGCCGCAGGCAAACCAUCGUUCCGUCCUGUUCAUACGAAGACAAGGACAAGCCCAACUGCCUGGCUCAGCUUCGGAUCUGCAAAGCAGACUAUGUGUGCAGGUCUCGCUGGGCACAGUUCCAGUAUGAUUGCCAGCCCUCGGAUCUGAGCGCCAGCGGCUGCAAACAGGAGAACUACGGAGCAUGUCUACUUGCAUACACCGGCCUGAUAGGAAGUACAAUAACUCCCAACUACCUUGACAACUCCACCUCCAACGUUGGACCCUGGUGCUCCUGUGCAGCCAGCGGUAACCACAGGGAACAAUGCAACGACUUCCUCACCUUUUUCCACGACAACAUCUGCCUGAAAAACGCCAUCCUGGCCUUUGGGAAUGGAUCGGAUGUGAAAUCGGGUGCCAGUCCGCCCGGGAUGCCCAGUCCAGCGCCGGGCAACCAGAGCCCGCACUUCAUAACCACCGCCCCAGGCGUCUCCACGGAAACAGAGCAGAACAUUUUAAGAGCACAGAUACCUACUCAGGUAAAUGAGAACGACAGAUUGUGGGGUGACGAAGGAGACUCCACUCUGCCCUCCCCGGGCCUGUCAGACGGCGGAUCGAAGCCCAUGUCCCUGUCCCUGGUCCCAGUUCUGGUUCUGGUCUUCGGUUGGCUGAUGGUGCUGUUCUCUGACCAAUAAGAGGCCUCGCUCAUCUGGGGCCUCCACGGACUAAAACUGCAAAACCUGGGGGAGGGAGGGGGUGAGAGAGAGAGAGAGAGAGGAGAAUCAGAGCAAGUCAUUUCUAUGUGUUGAUUGACGGAGGGUCAAGCCUCGCCUCCAUCUCCCUCUGUCACCAAUCACACUUAACCUCUUUUUCGUGAAUCAUGACUCUUGAGCGGAUGUGUCUUCGCCGACGCCCUGGAGAAACCGGAAACAAGGGGGUGACGACAUCA